AUGGUGAAAGGGAAUAGUACAUCAGCAUCUGAAUUUAUUCUAUUGGGAUUUGCAGAGUAUCCUAAAUUGCAGCUCCCACUCUCUGUUUUGUUCCUGCUGGUCUAUAUGAUUACUGUUGUGGGAAAUCUGGGGACAAUCACAGUAAUCAAGAUGGAUCCCCAACUCCACACCCCCAUGUACUUCUUCCUCAGCAGCUUGUCCUUUAUAGACUUUUGCUAUUCCUCCAAUGUCACACCUCGGAUGUUGGCAAAUUUAGUUACAGGCCACAAAUACAUUUCAUUUACUGGAUGCUUGAUACAGUGUUAUCUCUUCAUUGCUCUGGGUCUCACAGAAUCCUUCAUCCUGGCCGUCAUGGCAUAUGAUCGGUAUGCAGCUAUCUGCAACCCACUGAUGUAUCACACGAAGAUGACAUGGAAGGUCUGCAUGUGGCUGGUGGCAGUUCCCUCGGCAUAUGCUUUCCUAGAUGCCAUGAUACAGACCAUAUUCACCUUCCGCCUGACCUUUCGUGGCUCCCAUGUCAUCAACCACUUUUACUGUGCUGACCCAGCUCUCAUGAAACUGUCCUGCUCUGACACCCAUGUCAAACAGACCCUAAUGUUACUUUCUGCCAGUUUCAACCUCAUCAGCUCCCUUGUUGUUAUUCUAAUCUCCUACAUUUUCAUUCUCUCUACGAUCCUGAGGAUACCCUCUGUUGAGGGUAGGUACAAAGCUUUCUCCACAUGUGGCUUCCACCUGAUGGCUGUCACCCUCUUUUAUGGGACAGUUUUCGUCAUGUAUAUCAGGCGUCCUUCUAGCCUGUCCCCAGAACGGGGCAAAAUAGUGUCUUUGUUUUAUGCAGUGGUGAUUCCCAUGCUGAAUCCACUGAUCUAUAGCCUAAGGAACAAGGAGGUCAAGGAUGCCAUGAAGAGACUGGUAGGGAAGUAUUUUACUAAUAUACACCGUAAAUGA